AUGGGUCUCAUGCUUCUCAAGAAGUUCACUCUUCUCUUCCUCCUUAUUUCUGGAUCACUUUUAUCAACUUCUUUUGCAGGUGGACGAUCAAAGUUUAUCAGGAACUUGGCUGCAGAAGUGAAUGAAGUCCAAGAGGAAACACCGAGGAAGCCACUGAAUAAUGAAGAAGUAAGAACCAUCCACGAGAGGCUUCUUAGGACUCUCGCAAAAGAUUACGGACGAUAUGAUCCAUCGCCGGCUCUUUCUAAGCCUCCUUUCAAGCUCAUACCCAAUUGA